UAGCUAGUUGUUAAAUGCUUUUUGGCUUUGAUUUACUAACCAUCUUCAACAGAUCUGUUACCAAGCAUAGUGAAGUUUGAAGCCCCGAAUGAUCCUCUAUCUGUAGUAGUAAAUUGUGCAUUUAAUCCAGAUCAAAAAGCUUCCACAGUUGAUUAGUCUCUGAUCUAUGUUUCAGGGGGCUUUGUAGUAUAUCUGGCUACUAAUCUCAGAAAAUUAGCCAAAUAGCCAAGUCGUGGAAAGCAUCGGCGCUUAGCCAUCGACCAGUUGGAUGCUCAAGGACAUUUGAAUGCUCCACUGCCAUGGGAGGCCCAGGCUGGCGAAGAGGCCGCCCCCCACUUACAAGGCGCGGGACAGGUCGGGUAGCCCCAUACCCAAUGAACGCAACAUUCGCUGUGCCCCCCAGCUGCGCAGGGCCCAGCUGGUCCCCAGGCGAUGGCUGGCGCACCAUCAAUUUCAGCACUUGAGUGCUGUGUCUGUACUUGCAACACCAACCUUGGCGUCUUGAACGUGUGUGGACACAUAUUGUGUGCGGAUUGCAGGGACAUUCUCCUUCGCCGUGGCCCAAUCGCGAGCUGUCCAGCUGAAACCUGUACCCUGGACUUCACUCUUACCAAUUUCGUUACCAUCUGCAGCCAAGCUCAUCCUCUUGGAUGAACUUGUGCGCAUGUGAGGCCUUGCCCAAAUAGAACUGCAAUAACAAAAAUCAAAAUGUCGAAUCGUAAGAGACGAUUGAGUUCAGCUUCAGACGAUGAUGUUGAAGAAUGUGACAAUUUGUCAGACAUUUUGACAAACAGUCCUGUGGAACAAAUAAUUUCUUCACCUGAAGGUUCCGCAGUUUCUGAAGACGAGCCUGAUCCUCUGUGUGAUUUUCUGUGAAGGUGAAAACUACUUGAAAG